AUGGUUUAUGCUGUAAGCUACUAUCCUAUUUCACGUCACGAAGAGUUCAAAAAACUGGGAUUCGAUGAUUCCAAGAAACUGACGGAAGCGCGACGAUUGGAGCUGGCGAAAAUUAUUGAGGAGAAUCUCGACUGGAUCGGCUGGGCAGUAUAUGUUAUUUCUCCUCAAGACAUUUCCAAGAACAUGCUGUGUCGACCGCCAUUUAACCUAAAUGAAAUGGCUCAUGACGCGACGUACAAACUGAUUCGGUCCGUGCUCGACCAAAAGAUCAACGUAUCCGAGAUUUACGUGGAUCCUGUAGGCCCUACUCAAUCGUACAAGGAGAAAUUAUGCCGUUUCUUUCCUGGCAUCGACAUCACCGUCGAGCCACGUGCGGAUUCUCUGUACCCUGUCGUGAGUGCGGCCAGUAUUUGUGCCAAGGUCACUCGCGAUCAGAUCCUGCAAAACUGGAUCUGGACAGAACAAGGCCUGGAUGAAAAAAUUUCCAAACAAUUCGGAUCAGGUUAUCCAUCAGAUCCCAACACUGUACGGUGGCUUACUGAACAUGAGGAUUCUUUCUUUGGAUUUCCUAGUUUGAUCCGAUUCAGUUGGAAAACUAUUUCAAAUCGCAUGAAUGCUACCCAUACCGUAGAAUGGUAA